UUACUCACCAACGCGGCAUAAUUAUCAACUGCGCUACACGUGUUAUAUAUUUCAACAAAUAUAUUAAAAAAUGAAUAGUGAGGAAAGUAGACUCAAUGAUUACAAAGAGAAAACUAAAAUUGAUGGUGAAGAACUAGUACGUAAGGUUUUUCCAAAACGUGUAUUUGAAAUGGAAGAUAUAUUGGCUUCUGAUUUAUUUCUUGUCGAUGGCAAACGUGUUCACUCUGAAGUCAAUGUACCUUAUCCUGUAAAUUUUCGUAGUUUCUUAAAUUCUGGUGGUGAUACGGAUUCUGUGGGUUUAAACAACAAAAAUAAUAACAAUGAUACCAAUAAUGAUGAUAUUGAUGAAUUGAUGAAUGAGAGAAAAUUACGUAUGCCUAUUAAAAAUGCAUAUAUUUACUCACUGCCAAAUGGUUGCAUAUCAUACAAUAAGCAUAUCAAAGAUAUGAUUGAGAGAGCUAAACCAUGCUUAACUCAACUAAUGAUUGAGGCACAAAUUGUGCGUCUAUGGGUCCAAUUUAAUAUACCACGAAUUGAAGAUGGCAAUAACUUUGGUGUUGGUAUACAAGAAGAGAUAUUGGCUGAAGCAUCGAGUAUUGAAAGAGAUGCAUGCUCGUUUCUAGAUCAAGUAACAAGAUAUUAUGUUUCAAGGGGUAAACUGGUUGGAAAAGUUGCUAAAUUUCCUCAUAUAGAGGAUUAUCGUGAAUGUAUUCGAGAUAUGGAUGAGAAACAAGCUAUCACAAUGCGAUAUAUUAUAAUGGAAAUUCGCAAUCAUUAUGUAAAAUGAUGUAUGUUUGUUAUCUUUCAAAUUAAAAAAAAGAGAAGACAAUCAUAGCGUAGAGUGAGGAAGUUCCAGAACUAUUUCCCGUCGAGGGUCAAAUUGUAACGAAUAACAAGAUUACCAAUUGGGAUCAAAAGUGUAGUAAUGGCAAAAAUAAACAGAAGUUCAGCUAGUUGUUAUUAGAUGGUUGGAGGCAAUCGGCCAAAGGAAGCCUUACUUGACCUAGGUUUCGUGCUAGUUGACACUCACCAGUCAGUCAGCAAGGCGUAUCUGCAAUCUUGAAGGAACUCAUGUGCCUUCUGAGAUUUGAACCAGUGUCACUCAGUGCGAACUGCAGUCAGAGACGUCACCACUGAGCUCACUAUCCGGGCUCGCGAUUGACUUCCUGUUGAGAACACUCCUGUGUGUGGCUCUUAGUCCUCAGUAACGAGGUAGUCGACUUCUAACGGAUCAACCUUUUUAUUUCAACCAUUCAUUGUUCAAGCUUAGGACAAUAAAUAAUUUAAUUGGAUCAUAUUUGAAAUUCGUAAACUACACAAACACAGUUCGACAUGACAAUUCACUAGAAUAUGUAAUUUGAAUGAUCCCAUUAAUGGAAACAAGAGAUGAAGGGUAAGUACAUAAUCGUAUACACUACUGAUUAGUAUGAGACGUUGGAAACUAUUUACAUCACCC